AUUGCGGGAAACGCCCAAAACAGAAUUGGUAUUUAACAUACGUUUUUUUUUUAUAUUUUACUCUAACAAUUUGCUUUUUUUUUUUUUUGCAGGUGUACUUUGUAGUUAAUGCUCUCACACAAUAUAAUUCUGCCGUCGAAGACUAGUGUUGGGAAGCCUCUUCCCCAUUCUUCGAAGAGACGAUUGCAAGCUUUUCAACACCUGCUUCCUUCCAGAAACAACGUAACUUCUAGUCCUCCACUGCCGUACCUAAAAUCCAAAUGGUGCGUUUCGAACCUUUAGGCCAGAAAAUGUUCACGCGGCGCAAUUGGCUGCUCCGAUGUAGCAUACUCAUCAAUAUUGUUGUCAUCCUAUACAUAUGCAGUCAUGUCAUGAUUGGCAAUGGCAGCGGUUUUACUGGCAGUAAUACAUUUUUUAUACAGGAGCGAGGAUUAGAUCCAGCGCAAUUAGCGAAUAGCGACCAACUUGUCGCAGACAAGCUGCAGCCACCUCCGCCCCCUCCACUCAUAUCCAAUGACCUGCAAGUGCCGCCGCCGGGGGCCAACGUUUCUGGUGGUACUGCGUCGGUACCUGCUGCUCCUGGGGAUAUUGCCGCACCACUUGCACAAAAUCACACAGCUGGCGCCGCAGACUCGCCGGCUGUGCCGGCGGUAGUAGGGAAUAAUGGCGCUGCUGCCGCUGUCAGUGGGACUGCCGAGUCAGCUGGGUUUGUAAAUGCUACCGCUAACGACGCCUAUAUUGUUACCGGUGAUGAAAAAGACUUAAAUGAACGGCUGGAAACACUUUUAAACUGUUACGAACGUGACUACAAACCGGAGAUUUUGCAGCGCGGUGACUUCUGGGUGCUCAAAAAUUACGUGCGCGCCGAUCAUGGUGCGAUGAAGUGUACCGAAUCAAUUACGUAUACAACGCAUGCGGAUUACACGUUUUUAGAUAAUCUCAUACCACUGUUGGAGCGUUGGAAUGCGCCCGUUAGCAUUGCCAUGCACACACCUGGUACUGAUUAUCAGCCAACUAUUGAUGCCAUUAAGUACUUGCGUAAUUGUCUGCCUGGGAGUCACUUAGUACGCGGUCUGACCACAUUUCAUCUCUACUUUAGCACAAAACACAUACCCAAGCAGGUAGUGAAGCAAUCGGAAGUGCUGAAGACGCCCUACAACUGCACGCUGCCACCACCCUAUUUCAAUGUUAGCUCCGGGCAUUUAUAUAAGUCACAAAAGAAGCUAUUGUAUCCAGUGAAUGUGGGUCGAAAUAUAGCGCGCGAUGCUGCCUUAACGCACUUUAUACUAGCAUCGGAUAUUGAGUUGUAUCCAAAUCCAGGGCUAGUGAAAAAAUUCCUGGAGAUGAUUGCACGGAAUGAAGCGUAUCUGCAACGCAAAGCGCCAAGAGUCUUUCCGCUCUCCAUUUUUGAGGUGGAAGCCAAUGUGACCGUGCCACGCGACAAAACCGAAUUGCAGGAGUACUUGCGCAAUGGCAAAGCGAUACCUUUUCAUAAGCGUGUCUGUGCCAGUUGUCAUGGCGUGCCACAGUCCAAAGAAUGGAUGGCCGCCAACGAAACGGAGGAACUCAGUGUCUUCCAUAUAGGCAAGCGUACUGGAUAUUUCCGGCAUUGGGAACCUAUCUACAUUGGUACGCAUGCGGACCCUCACUAUGAUGAACGACUGAGUUGGGAGGGUAAAAGUGAUAAAAUGACGCAGGGCUAUGCGCUCUGCGUACUAGACUACGAAUUCCAUAUUUUAGAUAAUGCCUUCCUUGUGCACAAACCAGGCAUCAAAAUACUACAAAAAGAUAAUCGACGUGCCAUGUUGGCGGGUAAAACGAAUCAACUUAUACGCAAAAUCAUUUAUCCGGAAUUGAAGAUAAUGUAUGGUGUGCGACAGGGAUGCAUCGUAUAGUAACUAAUAAAUUGGCAAAAAAGUUGAAAAACUUUUUUAGGCUCUAAUAAGAAUGGAAUUAAAAGACUACUACUACAAUUCAAGAUACUAUUUUUUUGAGCGACGAACAGCGUUGAAAGCGCAACAUUAACGAUGAUGUAAAAAAGCUAUAUACCUACAAUUAGAUAUUUGCCAGCAUAAUUCAUAGUAAAUUACGAUAAGUAAAAAAUCAAUUUGAAGCGUCGAUUCGAGCCAACGCAUUGUAAACAUGUUUUAUAGUACUAUUUCAAUUUUGAUUGUUUUUUUUUGUAUAAAUUGAAACAAAAAAACGCGUAAAUAUUUUUGUAUAUUAAAAAUAUGAAUAAAAGUGUGUCACAAAAGGGACGUAUAUUGGCAUUUACAUAUAAUGCCGUUUUUCCUGCAAUGUAGUGUUGUAUAAAAAGAUUUGUAUGAUGUUAGAUUGCGGCAGUAUGCGUUUAUUACUGUCAUAUAAUUAUUAUUUCAAGACUUAAAAAUUUGCUUGUAUUAUUUAAACAAAACUGUAUGUAGAUGUGUAUGUGCAUGUGCAACAGCAGUUUAUUAAAAAUAACGAAAAAAAUAUAUAUAUACAUAUUUAUUUUUAAAACGCCCAAGCACUUACGAAGUAAAAUAAACCCAAAAUAAAAAAUUACAAAUCGAAAAAAAAAACAUUAAACAAAAAUGUGAAAAAUAAUUUAGAUAUUUUUGUAUGACUAAUUAAAUAGUAGUAUAAUAGACGAAAAAUAUUGCAAAAAAUUUAUGCAUUUUACUUCAGAAAACAACUUAAGCGCGGAAUAGUCACACGAAAAAUAUAGAAAUAUUUUACUUUUAAAAAGUUAAAAGAACGUAUAAAUCACUUAAAGUGUAUACACAGCACACACGCACUUACAAAGCUACAUAUUUUCUAAAAUAUGCGCAUAUUUUUAAUUUAUAGUUUUUUUAGUGUUUAUGCUUAAUUGUUAUGUUAGUUUUAGCUCUUAACGAUUUUCUUGCUUUGUUUUUUGUUUUGUCAUCUAAAACUUAACCUAAAGUAGUUGUAUUUUACUUGCGUUCCUAUGUUGCUAACCUUCAACCUUUCAAGCUAAGCCUACAGAGCUUUUUCUUUUCAAACUUUGACGUACAUUGACCUUAAUUAAAUUUUUUUAAUAGAAUUGCUUGCAUACAUAUAUCGUCACCAUCACAACAAAAAGCCUAUUUGAAAAUUUUUUAUGAGAGCCAAGUGGCGGAAUAUCUAAAAUACUACAUUUCUUAAAAAAUCUCGAUUAGGGUGUUUUGAAUUGAUGAUGACAACAAUAUUAUGUACAUAAGUAUGUAUCCACAAAGAUACAUCAAUUAACGGAAGCUCCAGGAAACGUAUGCUUACAGGCCUGAUUCCUGAGAUUGAGAAGUCCUUUUAAAGUUCCAAGGAGAUGAAUACAUACAUAUGUAUACAUAUCUGUGGCAAUCCAGUAAAAAUCUCAAGAUCGUUGAAGCCUUCGGCACUUUUUUCUCCUUAUAUAUUUUUCCUAUUUAUUUUAAAAAGUCUCCGUAAUUAUUUUAACCCAAUUCCAACUUAAUAAAAAUAUUUUAUUAUACAUCUUAGCCUCUUGUAAGCGUAAGAACCGUGAUAUUUGAACUUUAGUAAUUAUAAAAUUAAAGAUAUUAGUGCAUUCAAACGUUUUUGCAUAAUAGAUAGUCACUAAGUUGUAUGAAAAAGAAACAUUUGACUACUAAUUAUAAGAAAAGUAUUUGUAUGGUAUAGAGAAAAACGUGUAUAUGUAGUGAGUAAUCUGUUUACAUAAUAGAUAAGUACUGCACAUAAAAAUAGCUGGUAGUAGAAAAACCAAUAGCAUAUAUUUGACUAAUAAGAUUCGAAUGUGAAAAAGGCACUAAACAAAUUAAUAAAAAAAAAGAAUGAACUCAAAAGUAAUAGAAACUUAAAAAUGGCUCAAGCCAAUUGAAAUUCAGCUAGAGCAUAAAAAUGCCUGCAUAAAUAAUAUAGGCUGAAUUAUGUAUGUACAUGCAUAUACUUCAGCAACUUAAAGCUUUGUAUAAUUGCUAUUGGCAUAUAGCUUUAGUAGCAUGAGUUUUGAUAAACAAGAAGAAACCCAACAUGAAUCGAGAAAACUAAGUAAUUUAGUAGUUGAAAAGACUUACAAACACUCUACGCAAACUACACACAGACUACAAAAAAUAGGGAAACGUAAAGAAAAAAAUCUUGUUACAAACCGGCGCAAUGGGAAACCAAGGUAUUUGAUAUUAGCUUCUUGAAAAUAUAACAGUAUUUUUGAAAUUUUCCUAUCGAAAUAAUUUCGGAGAAAAUUCAAAAUGAAAGCAUUUUUAUAAAAGCAAAGCGCAUAGAAAUUAAAUUCAAUUUUGCUGCCGAAAAAUAGAAAAAAACCCAUUUUUGUGAAAAUCAGUUAACGAAAUAAUUUCAAUUAAAAUAUAUACAUAUAUAUUUUUUGAGACACACGCAUAUAUAACAUUUUUGUACGAACGCUCAAAUUAUAAUUUUUUCUAUCAUGGUAAAAAUUUUUCACUUAUCCAAACAUCAAACCAUUUCGUUCGGCCACAUAUAGAUACUAUUAUUUAGCACAAUAUACAUACAUACAUACAUAGUUUAUAUCUAGCCCUGGACUGUUUAAUUUUUCAUCUCAAAAUGCAAAAUACUUAUCGCUGGCUAAAAUAUCGAAGUACUUGAUUUAUUUCUAAUCGUUUCUAUUUAGUGAUGCGCAAAUUUGCAGAGUCCAAAAUUGAAAAUUUGAUGUCCCAAAAAAUACAAAAGUUUUAAUCAACGUUGUAGAGUUUGAUUCAUAUAUAAGGUUGUUCAGGCUAUGAAUAUGGAAUUUCAUAAGUUAAACUUUUUUGAAAAUAACUGCUUGAAAAAACGUAUUCAAUACUUUUUACUCUCUCCUGUAGAAUUUGAAAAACUGGACUUAGGAAAUGUUCACUCUACGCUAGCGAUAUGUAUGUAUAAGUGGCUUUUCCUUUAACUGAGAAAAAAAUCCUCAAGCCUCGGAACUUUGCCUGAACUUUGAAGCACACUUUCAAACAUGCUAGUUUUUUGAGUUCAAGGAAAUCACCUAAUUGUGUAAAAAUUUCGACAACGAAAUUUCGAUAGUCAAAAGAAAACUGUUAUGCUUUAUUAUUUAAAAAAAAA